AGCCACAAGACACCAAAAGAAAACAGCCACCAUUUCUUGUGGUGGACCAAAAAGAAGACAUGACCUUGGGAGCCCAUUGGAUGCGCGCGCGUGCACCCUAACCCCUCUCAUUGUCCUGCCCUAAUCCGCUCCCACGCCGCCUCUUAAGUCCUCACGCACGCACGCUCACUUACUUAUCCCGAACCUGAGCUCGAGCCCGCUUCUCGUCAUCGCCCCGCAAGCUCGCAGCCACGCCGCCGUCAGCGCUCAGCUUCUGGUUCCCGGUUUCGCCGGUGUGAAGGAGAUGCGAGCGGAGGACCGCUCAAUCAGUCAGUGAAAAGGUUGAAGAUGACGAGCUGGCUGCUCCAACUGGUUCCCCGCCCCCCCGAGAGCAACCGACUCCAGGAACGGCUCAGCAGCACCCGGGAUGAGUCCAAACAGGAAGUGGCCUCGUCUCGUCGGAGCCAGGCCUUCCCUCCCAACGUGGAGCAGGCGGCCGUCGCACGGGGCCGCGGCGCUCUGCCCUCGGCCGUCUUCCCGGACGCUACGGCGGCAGUCGCGCGCCUUCCGGCGGAGUCCACGCGUGGGGACACCGUCCCGGCUGGUAUUAUGGGAUGGAUCGUCGGCAGCCUGGAGCGCACCUUGCCCCGGCCGGCGCGCCAGCAGGAAGCUGACGAUGACGUUCAAGAGUUGGUUGUGAAGAAGAGCCAGCUGCACCCUUUGGAUGUCCAGCCGUCAGCAAAAGACGCCGAUGAGGAGAAGCGGGACAACCAGUCUGAAGAUGAGGGCCCGACUCCGCCCGAGGAGAACGUCGAGACGGAUGCCGGCCAGGCGGUUCCGGCUCCUGUGGAGGAACGCCUGCGGCGGCAGCGUCUGGAGGCCGCCCGUGUGGCCGAGGACGUGGCCAGGAAGGCGGCGCUGGCGGCCGUGCGACGGCUGGAGGCGGAACACUCGUCCGCCUUGCGCAUCCGACAACUUCCAAACAUCCCGGAGGAGCAAAACGAGGACCGGCCUGGCAACGCCAAGUUGCCAACCCCAGGCACUAACCGCCAAGUUCUGCUCGUGUGUCAUGGAAUCCUCGACAGGCGCCCGGAAGUCACGGGCGCCCUUUCCGCGAGGUCGGCCGGCCGGCCAGACGACCGGGUAGAGUCACCCUGGAGACCCGAAGCGGCUGUCGAUUGCUGUUCAGCAGGUCUGCCACUGGAAACGGGAAUCCCCGAGAUUGUUACGCCGCCACCGAGCUGCUCUCCCGAGCCCGCACUCAGCGGGACCGCAGAGCUCUCGGCGGACCAGGAGGACGACGACGAGUCGGUGAGGGUGGGACCCGAGUCUGAGACCUGUCGAGGGGACUUGCUGACUGCAGACGUCCGUCCGGCGUCUGCAGCCAGCGUCGGAAGCGUCGUGGUCCAGGACCGCCUCUGCCAGCUGGUACGGCUCUUCAAAGGUCGGACGGAACGCCACAAAGACCGUCUGGUGGAUCCGGAUGAUUCGGAGCAGGAAAGUCCCACCGCCUCUCCCAGCAAAGCUCCGCCUCCCCCACCCUCACCCCCACCUGGAGAAGACGAGCUGGAAGCCCCCAUCAGUGGAAAGGAAGAAGAAGAAGCUGUGUUACGCCUCGACAUUCUGGGACAUCCACUUCAAAUUCCCAAACUCGCAAUGCCCAAAUGGCUCGGAGCCAUGGCGGAGUUCCGGUUCCCCUCCAGCAUUGACCCGUUCACCGACUUGGUCUACGUGCUGUGGCUGUUCUUGGUGGUCGCGGCCUGGAACUGGAACGUUUGGCUGAUACCCGUUCGCUGGGCCUUUCCCUACCAGACCCCGGAGAACCUCCACCUUUGGCUCCUGGUCGACUACACCUGCGAUCUGGUUUACAUUGUGGACAUCCUGGUCUUCCAGCCCCGCCUACAGUUUGUCCGCGGGGGGGACAUUGUGUGUGAUAAAAAAGCCAUGCAAGAAAACUACAUGACCACCGAGAGAUUCAAGAUGGACGUUAUCACUCUGUUUCCCAUGGAAAUCUUCUACUACUGGACAGGAGUCACGUCUCUGCUAAGAUUCCCUCGCCUGCUCAAGUACCAUGUUUUCUUCGAGUUUAACGACAGAAUGGAAGCGGUGAUGAAGAAGGCCUACAUCUACAGGGUGAUCCGGACCUCCACCUACCUACUGUACUCUCUGCACAUCAACGCGUGCCUGUUCUACUGGGGCUCCGACUACCAAGGCUUAGGUUCAACCAAGUGGGUUUACGACGGAAAAGGCAACGCUUACAUCCGAUGUUACUACUUUGCGGUGAAGACGUUGAUCACCAUUGGUGGUCUUCCCGACCCAACCACCGUCUUUGAGAUCUGCUUCCAGCUCAUCAACUAUUUUGUGGGCGUCUUCGCUUUCUCCAUCAUGAUCGGACAGAUGAGGGACGUGGUGGGGGCAGCCACGGCUGGCGAGAACUACUACCGCGCCUGCGUGGACGGCACCGCCAAAUACAUGAACUCGUAUGACAUUCCCAAGGCCGUCCGUAACCGGAUCAAGACCUGGUACGACUACACGUGGAAGAGCCAAGGCAUGCUGGACGAGCAAGAGUUGCUGCUGCAGCUUCCUGCCAAGAUGAGACUAGACAUGGCUGUGGAUGUCAACUACUCCAUCGUUAGCAAGGUGGCGCUCUUCCAGGGUUGUGAUCGUCAAAUGGUGUUUGACAUGCUGACAAGACUCAAAUCUGUUGUCUACCUGCCAGGAGACUUUGUGUGUAAGAAGGGUGAGAUCGGCAGGGAAAUGUACAUCAUCAAGCAGGGCGAGGUCCAAGUGGUGGGCGGUCCAGACCUUCAGACAGUUUUUGUCACCAUCAGGGCAGGUUCAGUGUUUGGCGAGAUCAGUUUGUUGGCCGGGGGCGGAGGAAACCGUCGCACUGCCAACGUGAAGGCACACGGAUUCGCCAACCUGUUCAUCCUGGACAAGAAGGACCUGGCGGAAAUCCUGGUUCACUAUCCAGAGUCCCAGAAACUUCUCCGCAAGAAGGCCAAGACCAUGCUGACUAAGGACAAGAAGCCGGAGGAAAAGGGAGGCGGCAAAGAGGCCGCCCAGGUCAUCCCGGUCCCACCAGACACGCCCAAAAUGUUCAAGGCGGCCAUGCGGGUGACGGCGCAGGCGGGAAUGGCAGGAACCUUCGCUAAACUCAAGAAGCGCUCGGGCCAGCCUCAGGCUCCGGCCUCUCCUUGCCCACCGGCCGUCACCAUGACAUCGGCGACGGAAGGGGAGGAGCUUCUCGCGGUGGAGGCGGCGACAGCCAAAGACCAGCAGCAAGUGGACGGAGCAGAGACAGGAGUGGGGGAAGACGCCGAGUAAAAGGCUUCCGACUCUUCACCAUUUUCUUCAGAUAUGUCGAGCGGCUUCUUGCUAGAUAACGCUUAGAACUCCCGUCCAAUUUGUAGAAUCCAGACCUUUGCCUCGCAGCCCGAGCUUUCU